GUUAGGGGAGGAGAGGAGAUUACGCCAUGUUGAGGAAACAAAACUUAAGGUCCAUAAAAACAAAAGCUACCAACGUGGAAGCUCAUUCAGGCGAAAAAAAUACAACGCAUUUUGGAACAAAUUGACUGACAGACAGGAACCAAAACAAGGAAUGGCCUCUGCUAUCACUUCCUGGUCUGAGGAGAACUUUUCAUGUUCCAUCUGUCUCGACGUUUUUAGCAGCCCAGUUUCCACACCAUGUGGACACAACUUCUGCAGAACCUGUAUUUCAAAGUUCUGGGAUGAACAACUCCAGUACAAAUGUCCUGUUUGCAACGAGCUUUUCCACACUAGACCUGAUCUACGGGUCAAUACCCUCUUAUCAGAGCUGGCUACUCAGAUUAGAACAAAUUUACAAGUAGAAGAGCAGCCCUGUGUUGAACCAGCAGAAGUUCCCUGUGACGUCUGUACUGGGACCCAGCUGAAGGCCGUGAAGUCCUGCCUAGUAUGUCUUAUCUCUUACUGCCAAACCCACCUGGAACCGCAUCAGAGAGUCGCAGGCCUGAAGAAACAUCGACUGGUCGAGCCUAUUGACCAUCUGGAAGACAGGAUUUGUAUGAAACACAAUCAACUUCUGGAGCUCUUCUGCCAGACUGAACAGGUGUCUGUAUGUCAGAUCUGCACAGAGACAGACCACAAGUCACAUCCUGUUGUACCUCUAAAGGAGGAAUAUGAAGUGAAGACGGCCCAGCUGGGGAAGAUAGAGGCUGAAGUUCCGCAGAUGAUCUGGGAGAGAAAACUAAAGAUUAAGGAGAUCAAAGACACAGUAGACAUGAGCAAGAAAGAUGCAGACAGAGAGAUAGCUGAUGGUGGGCAGGUCUUCAUUGCUCUGAUAGGCUGUGUUGAAAAGUGCCAGGAUGAUUUCAACCAAACGGUUAAAGAGAAACUGAUAUCCACAGAGAAACAAGCUGAAGACCUUAUCAAAGAGCUGGAGCAGGAAAUAGAAGAUCUGACCAAUAGAGGCUCAGAGGUUAAGCAGCUCUCAUACAUUAAAGACCACCUUCACUUCCUCGAAGCCUUCAUAUCUCUGAAGAAUCCUCCACCCACCAGGGACUGGAAGACGAUGGAGGUCCGUCCUCCAUCAUACGUAGGGACCUUGAGGAGAUCCCUGGAUCAGCUGGAGGAGACACUGAACAUUGAGAUGAAGAAGCUGUGUAAUGAUGCUGAACUGAAGAGGGUCCAGCAGUAUGAAGUAGAUGUGACUCUGGAUCCUGAUACAGCUCAACCCCGUCUCAUCCUGUCUGAGGAUGGGAAACAAGUACAUGAUGGAGGUGUAGUGAAUAAACUCCCAGACAACCCUAAUAGAUUUACACAGUAUAUACAUGUUCUUACGGGGCAGAGCUUCUCCUCAGGGAGCUUUUACUUUGAGGUCCAGGUUAAAGACAAGACUGCAUGGUGUUUAGGAGUGGCCAGAGAGUCCAUCGACAGAAAAGGUAAGAUCAUAGUGACCCCUGAGACAGGAUACUGGACCCUUUACCAUGACAAGGAUGGGUUUGUAUUUAGAGAUAAACCCGCUGUCCGUCUCCCUCUGAGAGCCGAGCUCCAGAAGGUGGGGGUGUUUGUUGAUUAUGAUGAGGGUCUGGUCUCCUUCUAUGAUGUGGAAGCCAGGGUUCAUAACUACUCUGCUACUGGCUGCACCUUUAGUGAUUCUCUCUAUCCAAUCCUCUGUCCAGGUUACUGUUAUAAUGGAGAUAAAAACUCUGCACCCCUGAUCAUCACACCUGUCAAUCAAACAGACUAGGACCUUUGUUUGAUGAUUAAAUAAUCAAGCAACCAAAACAACUAAUGUUGUUUCCUGAAUUAGAAGCUCUACUAUGUGAGAUCUGAGAGAAUUUGACGUUGUACUGCUAUCAUGUAACAAGGAUAAAUUAAUUAUUGAAAUAACCCUGACAACUGUAAAAAAUAACCCAUGAUACAUGAUUAGAUUACAUAUACUAUAUUGAUCAAUGUCUGAUUGACAAAAUGUUUUAAUGUAACAAUAUCAAAAAUUUUAAAUGUUUGGGGCAAGUAAAACAUUAUGAAUGAUAACAUAAUCAAAUGUUUGUACACUUUUUAAUUCAAUAAAAAUGUGUAAAAAGUAAAAUUGGCUCAUUUUCUGUGGAAUAGCUUCAUUCUCCUUAUUCUCCCUCGCUCUCUCUCCCUUCGUCCCUCAUUCUCUCACCCUCUCUCUCGCUGUAUAUCGUUCCUCUCUCCCCCAGUGUUUGGUCUUUCUCUCCAUCUCUGUCUCUAAUCUGCUUUCUGUAUCUCGUCCUAAUAUUCUUUCUGUAUCUCUCGUUCUCUUUGUUAAUAUCUCCUUCAUGUCUUUCAACUUCUUUCAUUCUCCCUCACCACUUUUCUUAAUCUCUUUCCCUCCAUCUUUAUAUAUAUUAAUCUCUCACUUUCUCCAUUCAACUCAACUCAAUUCUCUUCAUUGACAUGAGUGAUGAAACACUGUUACCAAACCAUUUGACAAACAGAACAAAACAACAACUAAUAGUUACCAACACAUGAAUGAUCAUAUAAAUGAACACCACUCACAAUGAAUCAUUACAUACCAAAUUAGUUGGCAGUCAAACUGAAUCUCUUGUAGUGUCCAUGGAUCUAGCAGGCAGUGCUACGCCUCUGUCCUUCUCCCCUCACAGCAGUUUCUGACGGCAGGGAUGUUGAAUGAGUUCUGGAUGUGUAGGAUGUAAUAAAGUAUUGACCUCUUAGUUCCUUGUCCCUCAUACAUUGCAGUAGGAAGUGGUCUUCGAUCUCCCUCUCCUGGGGACAGAAUGGACCCAGCCGGUCUCCUCUGGGUAGCCAGGUCUGCCUGGCUGUGACGGCCUGGCUCUACGGCCAGGCUGUGUCCACUGAGCUUGGAAGUCGGCAGGGAUCUCCUCACAGAGACACGCAUC